UUUUAACUGCGCUGGUAGGACGGACGGAAGGAGCAGUCACCAGACGAAAGCAGAAGUGAACGUGGACUGUGCGUAAAAAAGCAACAUAGCGGAGGAGCGAAGGAGAGCUUGGAUGCUUCAAAUGAACCUAAAAAGACGAGUGUUACUUCUCAAAGGCGAAUGGGUGACUUUUGGGGGAGCUUUGUGAGGAGGAGAUGAUGAAGAAUUACAGCGGCAAUACUCUUCACAACAACGGGCAGACUCCGAACCACAUCCGAGAGCGAAACGGGAGAAAGUGCAGCAGCAGCGGGCUCCUCUCGGGCGCCGCGUCGCUCCGGGUCUCCCUCCGAGGAUAUGGUUUCUGCAUGGGCACGCUGUUCGUCUUCUGCCUCGGAUCGAUCCUCUACCAGCUCAACGGAGGACCCCCUCAGAUCCUGCUAGACAUCCGCCAGUAUCUCGGUGAAUCAACAUUUCAAGAUGACCACAAAUUCCUCGCUCCCAGAGUCCUCACAUUCCCCACUCAGGUGGUGUACAACCGUGUGGGGAAGUGUGGCAGUCGCACUGUGGUCAUGCUGUUGAAGCUGCUGGCAGAAAAACAUCACUUCAACCUGGUCUCAUCAGAGAUCCACAACAAGACUCGCCUCUCCAAACAUGAGCAGGUAGCACUCAUGAAGAACAUCACUUCAAUCCCAGAGCCAUUCCUUUACACAAGACACGUUCACUUCCUCAACUUUACCAGUUUUAAAAUAGAGCAACCAGUUUACUUCAAUAUAAUAAGAGACCCAAUCAACCGCUUCCUGUCAAACUACUUCUUCAGAAGGUUUGGGGAUUUCAGAGGUGAGCAGUUCCACCUCCUACGAACUCCCAACAUGAAGGAUGAGGAGAGAUACUUGGACAUCAACGUGUGUAUUCUAGAGAAUUACCCAGAAUGCUCCAAUCCCAGGAUAUUUUACAUUAUUCCCUAUUUUUGUGGACAGCAUCCAAAGUGCAGGGAGCCGGGUGUGUGGGCUUUGGAAAGGGCCAAACAGAACGUCAUUGAGAACUACCUUCUUGUUGGGAUUUUGGAGGAGCUGGAAGAUGUUCUGCUCCUUUUAGAGCGACUUUUACCACAAUACUUCUCAGGGGCCGUCGAUAUCUACAAGGGUCCUGACUAUAUGAAGAUGGGCAAAUUGACGAGCACAGUUCGUAAAUACACCCCAACUCUGGAGGCUCUGCAGGUUCUGUAUCACCGCAUGAGCUAUGAGUACGAGUUCUACAACUUCAUCCGGGACCAGUUUCACCUCCUGAAGAGGAAGAUCGGGCUCAAGUCUGAGGCUAGGCCUCCAGCCUACUCUCCGGAAUUCCUGCAUGAGCUGGCCAUACGCACACCAGAGCCUCUGGAUGAGGAUGAGGAGCUGGACAAUGCCUUAGAGGACGCUAACAGCUGGCCCAUCCAGAUGUGAGACGUCAUGCCCUCAUAUCAGGAACAUGCGUUUGCUACAAAAAAGGACUUGUCUCUUUGAGCACAUUUGACUCUUUUGACAAGACUCACCUCUUUUAUCUAAAAACAGAUGGACAAAAUUGUGGCACUCAUGUGGAACUUGGCUGGCAUCUGGUCCAGCUCAGAAAUCUCCAGGAGAGAUAAGAAUCACUGUGUGACAGGAGAGGAACUAUGGACAGAUAACUGGAAUACCUGCUGUGGAUGAGAGUCUAAAUCCACUGUGUAACAUCUUUUCACUUGUUUUGGUAUCUUAAAAUAAUAAUAGGUACAAAUGAGGGUUAUCAAAAAGCACUCACUUAUGAAUUCAGAGAAUUCAAACCAUGUGUGUACGUAUGUGUGUGUGAAACAUGGCUAUACUAGCUGUUUGUUUUUUAUUCUUGGCAUAUUAAAUACAGCAUAAGACAUUAAGUUAAUGUUAAUCCAAAGCUUCAAAUAACAAGAAAGUUGCCAAAUACAAACCAACAGUAAAUAUUCUUACACAACGCACAACACAUUUGUAGGACAUGCUUGGAAAACUUGGAAGAUACAAAUAAUAAUAAUCACAUAUAAUAUAAUAUAUGAUGAAGCUGGAGAUCUGGAGAAACACCAUUUUUCCAUCGGCAUUUAAAACCAUAAGCUAAGAGACUUUUACCUGUACAUUGUUACUGUUUUGCCACAUGUCUAUGCCAUUUAAUUUAUUAUUUUGUAUUCACAUUCCACAGAAGAUUCUCAGGAAGAAACAUAAUAGUUGAAUAAUGACAAAUGUUGGUGAUGAUGGCUACAGUAUGACAAAGUAUUAGUGACAUACAAAUAUAAACAGUCCUCUCAACAAUUUUAAAAUAAAUGUCAUCUAUUUUUCUGCUU